AUGAAACAAAGAAGUGUAAUUCUAGAAAGAAUCGAUCAACAACUGGUACAUCAAAUGGAAUUUGAAAAUAAUUAUUGGAAGAAUAUUCUUAAGCGUGUAGUUGCUGUGGUUAAGGCGUUAUCAUCAAGAGGUUUGUCUUUCAGAGGUGACACAAAUCAGAUAGGUUGUUCAAAUAAUGUUAAUUUUUUGAUGGCAAUUGAACUGAUUGCUGAAUUUGAUGUGGUUCUUUCAGAACAUAUUAAAAAAUAUGGCAACCCCGGAAAAGGCAAUACAUCAUAUUUGUCAUUCCAUACGUAUGAGCAAUUCAUUUUAUUAAUGGCAGAAGAUGUAGUAAAUAAUAUUAUUCAAGAAGUCAACAAAGCACGCUAUUUCUCAAUUUCUAUUGAUUCUACCCCAGAAAUUUCACAUACUGACCAACUUUCAUUUAUAAUUCGUUAUGUAAACGAACAUGGUCAACCAGUUGAACGCUUUUUAUGUUUUAUUAAUAACAUUGGACAUAAAUCUCAAGAAAUGAUGGAAGCAGUUAUUCAUAUAUUCAAAAAGUACAAUUUAAACACAAAUUACUUAAGAGGCCAGUCUUAUGAUAAUGCAUCGAAUAUGUCUGGUAUCUACACUGGCUUACAGGCAAGAAUUAAAUCAAUUAAUUCACUUGCUGAUUUUGUACCAUGCUCAGCACAUUCGCUUAAUUUAGUUGGAAAAAAUGCAGCAAGUUGCUGCCAUGAUGCAAAUGAAUUUUUUAGACUUCUACAAAACCUUUAUUCAUUUUCCACUAUUACUACACGCCGUUGGAAAAUUCUUAAUGUGUCACUCAAAAGUCUUUCCGAAACUAGGUGGUCAGCAAGAGACGAUGCGUGUAAGUCGCUAAACAAAAAUUGGUGUUUGGUUUUAAGGGCAUUAACUACAAUAUCUGAAGAUAAAAGUGUAAAUGUUUCAACUUGCUGCGAAGCAAAAGGUAUUUUGAAAAGUAUAAAAACCUUAAAAACAUCUUUUAUGUCAAUAUUUUGGGGAGACAUAUUAGAACGGUUUAAUUCAUGUAGUAAGAAACUACAAUCAAUUCAAAUUGAUUUGGGUAUUGUAGUAGAAAUUUACCAGUCAUUGAUAGGUUUUGUUCAUGAUAUUAGGUGUGAUGACAUGUUUAAUGAUUACAAAGCUCGAGCAAUUGAAAAAUGUGGCAUUUCAAGUUUAAAUACAAAACCUAAUCGUAAAAAAAAACGUAAGAGGUUUUUUGAUGAAGGCAACAGUGAAGAAAAUGUCAUUGAAGAUGAAUUUGAAAAUUUUAAAGUAAAUACUUAUUUUAUGAUAUUAGACCAGAUUAAAUCUGAUUUAGAAAAAAGGAAAAUUGCCUAUGACAAUUUAACUUCAAAGUAUAAUUUUUUUUAUCACAUGUCAGAAUUAACACCUGCUGAAGUUAAAAAAAAUUCUGAUUCAUUGCAAAAUAUAUACAAAAACGAUUUAGGAUCCUCAUUCUCUAUAGAAUGUGUGCAUUUCCAAAGUCAUAUAAAAGUUUAA